CUCCUGUUCUUUCAGACAAAUUUGGAGUCAACGGUGUCCAAGACCAUGAGGGGAGGAAAUCAGUCAGUGGUGUCUGAGUUUGUGUUGCUGGGACUCACCACCUCUUUGGAGAUGCAACCUGUCCUCUGUCUAGUUUUCUCUGUGUUCUAUGUAUCCGGCAUUUUAGGAAACCUCUUUAUUGUGCUCACAGUGGUCUCUGACUCCCACUUGCACUCUCCCAUGUACUUCCUGCUGGCCAACCUUUCCUUUAUUGACAUUUGGGUUUCCUCUAGCGCAGCCCCGAAGAUGAUUUCUGAUCUUUUCAAGGAACGAAAAGUAAUCUCUCUCCAAGGCUGCAUUGUUCAGAUGUUCUUUAUUCAUGUCAUUGGAGGAACUGAGAUGGUGCUGCUCAUAGUCAUGGCCCUUGAUCGAUACGUUGCUAUCUGUAGGCCUCUCCACUACCUGACCAUCAUGAACUUCAGAAUUUGUGGUUUACUCGUGGUCACUGCCUGGACCAUUGGAAUCAUCCAUUCGUUGAUACAACUAGUAUUCGUUGUAAAUUUACCAUUCUGUGGCUCGAAUGAAGUGGACAGCUUUUACUGUGAUCUUCCUCGAUUUAUUAGACUUGCUUGCAAAAACACCUACAGAUUAGAGCUCAUGGUCACUGCCAACAGUGGAUUCAUCUCUCUGGGAACUUUUUUCAUUUUGAUUAUGUCCUAUAUCUUCAUCCUGGUAACUGUUCGGCAACAUUCUUCCAAUGGCUUGUCUAAGGCUUUUUCUACACUGUCAGCUCAUAUCACAGUGGUGGUCUUAUUUUUUGGACCAUGCAUCUUUGUGUAUUUGUGGCCAUUCCCCACUGUCCCAGUGGAUAAAUUCCUUGCCAUUUUUGAUGUAAUUAUCACUCCAUUUCUGAACCCUACCAUCUACUCUUUUAGGAACAAAGAAAUGAAGGUGGCAAUGAGGCGAUUAUUAAGCCAGAUCUUGAGUUUUAGGAAGCCAUUUUAA